AUGAAAUCGGCAGUGCUACUGCUGGCGUUGGCCGGCUUCAGCCUUGGCGACCUCAUCCAAAAUCUGCCCGGCCAGCCGGCCGCCAACUUCAAGCAGUACAGCGGCUAUUUGACCACGGGGACAAAUGGACGAAACCGCAUGUAUUAUUGGUUCGUCGAGUCGCAAAACCAGCCGUCCACCGACCCGCUGCUUCUCUGGCUGACCGGCGGCCCCGGCUGUUCCGGAAUUUCGGCCCUUUUUGGCGAAUGGGGACCGUUUACGGUCAACUCUGAUGCGGCCACGCUGAGUGUCAACCCGUAUUCGUGGAAUCGCAAUGCCUCGGUGCUGGUCCUCGAGAGCCCGGUCGGCGUCGGUUUCUCCUACACCACCGACCACUUUGGCGUCGGCACCAGCGAUAAUCAGACGGCGCUGGAGAACUGGCAGGCCCUCACCGGGUUCCUCACCGCCUUCCCGCAGUACAAGACCAACGACUUCUACGUGACCGGCGAGUCGUAUGGCGGUAUCUACAUUCCAACCCUCGUGCAAUACAUCCUCGACCACCAGACGGACUAUAAGAUCAAUAUUAAGGGCAUGGCAAUCGGCAACGGGCUGCUGGACGACGAUCUGGACACGGACGGCCUUGUCGAAUUCACCCAUAAACACGGCCUCGUCGACCAACUGCAGUGGCAGCAGGCGCAGACGAAAUGCUGCACCAACGGCAACACCGACGACUGCCCAUGGUCGACGUUUUGGAACGGUAUCUGUCACCUCUUCACCGAGCAGGCUGUAAACUUGGCCUGGCGCUCCGGCUUGAAUCCCUACAACAUGUACGCCGACUGCGUUAACGCUCAGCUGACGUCGAGGUUCGAGGUCGACCACAUGCGCAAAUUUGGCGUGAAACCGCACAAGCUGAGCACCCCGCCCUGUGUCGACGAGUCCACACUGACCACCUACAUGCAACGCGCCGACGUCAGGAAGGCGCUCGGCAUCCCGGAUUCGGUCCCGAAAUGGGAGAUUUGCAGUGACGCCGUCAGCCAGGGCUACCACCGUCAGUAUGGCACGAUGAAGCCGCAGGUGACGAAUGCGGUGAAUGCGGGCUUGAAGGUCAUGCUCUACUACGGUGACAUCGACAUGGCAUGCAACUUCCUCGGUGGCCAACGCUUCGCGGCAAAUCUGGGGAUUGCGCAAAAAGAGUCCAAGCGCACCUACCAGGUGAAUGGCCAGGUGGGCGGCUACGUAUCCGACUUUGGACAACUCAAAUUUGUGACGAUUCGGGGAGCGGGCCACCUCGUGCCGCAUGAUAAACCCGCCGUGGCAGCAUACAUUCUCGACGCUUUCAUCAACAACAAAAGAUUC